UCCCCCUGCAGCAGAUGCAGGAUGGGAAGCCUGCCCUUGAGACGUUCGUAAGGGUCUCCCAGCCGAUUCCCGUGUGCGACAGGAGAGCGGGAGCCCCCGAGCAGCGGUGGCAGGCGCCACAGGCGUGCGGACCGCGGGCUCCCUGUGCGCCCCUGCCCGGGCGGAGCUGUCAGCGGCAGCCCCGCAGCUGGCACGGGCUCCCUGCUCCUCCCUCGGUGUCAGCCGAGCCCGGUGGCUGUCGCGGUGCUGUCAGGGCAGCAAGGAGGCGAAAAGGCAGCGCAGAGCGCGAUGCUGCCUGCAGAGCGCUCUCGGCUCGGUGCCGCAGCCCACCGGGCGGUAAAGAGCGCUGGGCUCUGCAGGAUUGCUCUCUUGCUUCUCAGAUACCCACACCCAGCAAAGAGCAACCCUGGAAAAUGUGACGGUGCUUGGUUGGCCAUCCCUGUGCCGUUCCUCCCAUUGCUCAGAGCAGGGCAGAGCUCUGCUCCCGUAGCGUGGGCGUGCUGCUCGCAGCCCGCUGCCGGGCGGGGGAGGCCGGAGCACGGGAUGCCCGGCAGGGACACCGGGCUGUCUCCAUGGGCUGGGACACUGAGGGCUGCAGCCUGGAAGAACAUGAAUCAGUGAACUCCGAAUGACAGACUGCUGGAGCUGGUGACUCAACGUGUAGCAUCUUUUGCAGGAAGGGAGAUGAACCUUGGCUAGGGCUCCUGCUCUCUGUGCCACAGCCAGGACUUGCCUUGGGAAAGCUGCUGGUGUCCUGCAAGCACAGGAAUGUUUUGGGGACUGGAACACCAGAGGCAGUGAAGCCGAUUUUAGCUCUUCAAGCAGCACGGGCAGUAUUUCAGCACCUGAAGUCCAUAUGUCGGCUGCUGGAAGCAAGAGAUCUUCUUUUUCUCGCAAUCGUGGUCCUUAUGGUCGGAAUAAUGGAUCCUUAUCCUACAAGUCUGGAGCCAGUCCACCUGCUUCACAUGGAAAGGAUGCUUCAUCAACACUGUGCAAAAACCAUCUGAGUCCUGCUAACAUCCAUCAGAAUUACAGGGCUUCUUCAGCCAGCAGCAGCAACUCAGGCUCAUACAAAGGAAGUGACAGCAGUCCAGUGAUGAGGCGAUCAGGGAGAUACAAUUCUUGUAGUGACAAUCACAGUAUUAAGACACAAAAUCCAGAGCAGUAUUUGACUCCUCUGCAGCAGAAAGAAGUGGCAGUACGACAUUUGAAAACCAAGCUGAAGGAAUCUGAAAGCAAGCUCAAAGAAAGGGAAACAGAAAUAGAAGAGCUUAAAGCUCAGCUGGGACGGAUGAGGGAAGACUGGAUUGAGGAAGAAUGCAAUCGUGUGGAGGCAGAACUGGCCUUAAAGGAAGCAAGAAGCGAAAUUAAACAACUCAAGCAGGUUAUUGAAAGCAUGAAAAACAGCUUGGCUGAGAAAGAUAAAAAAAUUCAGAAAUACUUCACAGAUAUAAACAUUCAAAACAAGAAACUGGAAUCUUUGCUGCAGAGCAUGGAGAUGGCUCAGAAUCACUCUGUGAGGGAUGAGCAGUGCCUGGAGUACACGAGCGACUCAGAGGGGAAGCUGUUAUCAUUGUGUGCCACCCUGCCAGACAGCCCCAUCACAGAGGACCAAGGUCUGGAGGAGGUGGCAGACAGUGAUCUGCUUCUUGGUGAGGACAGAGCUAAUGGGACUGACUCAUCUGGAGAGAGUCUGCCCACCACAACCUCUGAGUUGAGUGAUCCAGCUCCAUUCAGUGCUGCUGUAAAUGAAGAGAUGCUUGAAAUCAUUCUGGAUGGAAAACUAACUUAUUGCCAGGAAAAAGAAAAAAGCAACAUGAUGGUGGAACAGGCCAUCCAGACUGACGUGGUGCCAUAUAGCUUGGAUGUGGAGCAGCUCAUUCAAAACAUCUUCAGAGCUCAAGACACCAGUCCUCUAAGCCCACCUUCUUCACUGAAGGAACUGGGUGAAUUUUCUCUUGGAAGCUUCAGUGAUUCUGGUAUCUUAGUGGACUUAACUCCAAGUGAUCCCAAUUCUGCCAUCCUUUUGUCUCCUAUGGAGUCUCCAUGCAGGAAGGUGGAGCACAGAGUUAAUGAAAACCGUUUCAUGAAAGAACUUGAUUUUACAGAACCUCAUGAUGAUGAAGCCUUUGAGUAUGGUAAUACAGGAAUAAUGAGGAGAUACUGGAGCAGCAGUCUCCUUGGGGAUCUUCUGGCUGUAGCAGCCCCUGUUGUACCAACUAUUGUGUGGGCUUUGAGUACUCAGAGAGGAGGAACAGAUCCUAUUUACAAUAUUGGAGCAUUGCUUCGUGGUUGCUGCCUGGUGGCCCUGCACUCUUUACGCCGAACACCCUUCAAUAUCAAAACCUAAAGUCUACUCUGUCCCUGGGCACCAACUGGCUGAGGCAGAGAGAAAGAGGGUUGAGAUGGAUCAUAAAAGUUUACUGUAUAUUCUGGCAGAGUCCAUAAUUUGCUUUUGACUAUUUGAUUUGCACUAUAAAUCAGUUAAAAACAUGUUCCUUGUUUCAAAAUAAAAAAAAUAAGCUGAAUAUCAUACUUCCACAAGAUGUUUUUAACAGUACUGCUGCUUACAGAAAUAGUCCUCCUGCUCCCAGGCAUCAUGUCCCUCCCCUGUGUUGGUAGCUUUCUGGUGCCAGCACAUCUGCACAGUGAACAUAACCAGAGAAAUAGGAAUUCAAGCCUAGUGCUCUUUCAUGUUCCACUGCUGAGCUAGGAUUAAGCUCAGUCACUCUCUCUGGAUGGUUCACUGAGCAAAUGAACAAGCACUGGCUUUGCACUGGCUCAAGGGUAGUGUGAGAUGCACAAGGGAACAAGUGUCUGGAGAAGGGUGGGGUAUUUCUCUAGACAGCACUAACCUUCCCUUAGGGUAUCACACCUGUGCUCCAGAAAGCAUGCUAGCGCUUUCCAUUUGUUGUCCCAAGUGUCAAUUCAAUUUAGAGGUAAAACCCGUAUUCCCCAGGCAGCUUCCAGCACAUCGUUUGUGCCUGUCUCUUGUAGUGCUCUUCUCAAUUGUGCAAUUGCUUGAGCAUUUCACUGGUCUUGUGCGUAUACAGGGACUGUAACCAAAAAUGUACAUCGCUGGGAGUCUUAACACUUGUUACAAUGAUAAGUAUAGGCGUGGAUACACUUUGAUUCUUAAUGUUGUUUUAAAGUCUUUAUGUAUUGGAACCCGAUAGUCUUUUGAGCCCUUGGAAAUACUAUGUAUAAAUGUAUUGUGUUUUAACUUAUUGUUUAUUUAAUUGCUUUAUUGUAAAUUACCUUUAUAAUCACAAGUUCAGUAAAGCAUGAUAGAUAUGUCAAA